CUCACCUUUAGAACAUUCGGGAGAGCGUUCCAUGUAAACAAUUUCCUUCAGAUCGUCGUUUAAGAACGCGUUCUAGAUAUCAAGUUGACGAAGAGGCCAAUUAUGCGUAGCAGCCACAACAAGAACAGUACGAACAGUCUGCAUACGAACAAUCAGGGCAAAUGUCUCAUUAUAAUCAAUGACAAAUUCUUAACUGGAACCUUUGGCGACAACUCGAGCUUUACACUGCUCGAGGGAGCCGUCGGGAUGAAGCUUAACAAUAUAGACCCAACGAGAACCGACAAUAGGAACUAUGGGCGGGGAACUAAGUCCCACCUAUGAUCACUUCCAAUUCAGCAGUCUCAACAUCCAUAGCAUCAUCCCAAAUGGGAUCCUCUUUAGCUUGACGAUAACUAUGCGGAACAUAGAUAGGUGCAACAACAUAAGUUACGUAGUUGUCCAAGAGAUAGGAAGGAGGUUGUCCCAAAUUGGUCUCUUAAAUGGCCGCAGAGGAGGAGGAGGAGGAGGUGCGGCCACUGCGGCUGGCGGUGAAGGCGGUGGGUCAAGAUCAGCGAGAGGAGUCGGUCCAGCUCGGGGAAUAGGAUCGUCAUCAGCAUCAUCGUUGAGCAAAGGAGGGAAAGCCUGCGAGAAGUCACAGGAAGCACGACCAGCAGAGGAAUCCGAAGCAUAAUACAGGAGAUGCUAGAAAAAAGAUAACAUCCCGAGAUAUACGUUGACGACAUUGAGUCGGAUCAUAACAUAAAGAAGUCAUUGUGACGGUCACUAUAGCCGAUGAAGACUCAUUUUGCUAUUUUAGAGCUCAAUUUAUGUCAUUCUCGAUGAGCUAACAGAACAAAACAUAUACAGCCAAGCACACGGAGUUGUGAGUAGUCAGGCUGUUUUCCGUAUAAGGCAUAAUAUGGUGAUUGAUUUUGGAGAACUGGUGUAAUUUGACGGUUAAUAAGAUGGACAACAGUGU